CUACCGCGGUAUGAGGCGCAGACAGGGACCAACGCUGAAAACUCCCCUCGAAAACCCUCCAAGGUGUUCAAAAGCUUGCCUCCAUAAUUUCCAAAGCUCAAAUUCAACCCAAUGCGUGUUCUCAACCGUUUCAUACCCUCAAACGGUUUUGACAAACGGUCUGUUUGGGGGAAACCACAUAGAAAUUUCAAGGUUGGGACUCCUUGCUUGCAUCACUGUGCAUUGUGAAGGCGUGUGCGCACACAACUGUAUAGCAGUCGGCACUAAAGGUUUACGCACUGUGGAUUAAUAGGGGCAGAUCUAGCAGUUGGUGAAGGAAUGGUCUGAAAAUGGCGACGAAACAGUGACAACUUCAGUGAUUAGCAACACCAUUAUCCAGGAGCCAGACGAGAGCUAAAGCUUGCAACCACACCUUGCAAAGGGCGCGUACCCCGACGACAAAAUGGGCUUCCGGUCGGCUGUGGACAGCAUCGUGCGCCGCUUGGUGCGCGUCAAAUCGCUGGACAUCUCCGGCAUGAACACUCGCCGCGACUCGGUGCCCGGCAAGCUGUCCAAGUGUCUCUCGACCCUUGACCUUGUCUCCCUAGGGGUGGGGAGCUGUAUGGGGACGGGCAUGUAUGUUGUCUCGGGUCUGGUUGCUAGGGAGAUGGCUGGACCUGGCGUUAUCUUGUCUUUCACGGUGGCAGCUUUGGCCUCUAUUUUGUCAGGUGUGUGCUAUGGUGAAUUCGGAGUACGAGUGCCAAAGACCACAGGCUCCGCCUACAUGUACAGCUACGUCACAGUCGGGGAGUUCACGGCGUUCGUGAUUGGCUGGAAUUUGAUCCUCGAGUAUCUGAUUGGCACAGCGGCCGGCGCAAGCGCACUGAGCAGCUGUCUGGAUUCGCUUUUCACCAACAAGAUCAGCGAGUUCAUGAUGGACCACGUUGGCGGUUUCGGCAUUCACACCGAAACAUACCCAGAUCUGGUUGCCAUGGUGAUCGCCAUCAUCAUGACUCUGAUCGUGACAGCCGGGGUCAAGAAGUCGGUGACCUUCAACAACAUCCUGAACGCCAUCAAUCUGGCCAUCUGGGUCUUCAUGGUCGUCGGAGGGCUCUUCUUCAUUAACGGAAACAAUUGGAGCGAGAAUGGAUUCCUGCCAUUCGGCUUCUCUGGGGUAAUGACAGGAGCAGCCACUUGCUUCUAUGCUUUCAUCGGGUUCGACAUCAUUGCAACGACUGGAGAGGAGGCUAAGAAUCCAAGCAAAGCAAUCCCGACAGCCAUCUUGCUCUCGUUGGUAAUAUGCCUCGUGGGUUACGUCUCGGUGAGCUUCGUCCUGACUCUUGCAGUUCCGUACUACGAUAUCGGUCGGGAGGCACCUCUGAUGGACAUGUUCGUCCAGAACCACGCGGAGCCGGGGAAGUACUUCGUGGCCAUCGGCUCCAUCGCUGGGCUGACGGUCAGUCUGCUAGGGUCACUCUUCCCCAUGCCAAGGGUCAUCUAUGCCAUGUCCACUGAUGGUUUGUUGUUCAGGUUUUUGGCUCGUGUUAACAAGAUCACCCAGACUCCAGCUGUUGCCACGGUGAUCGGUGGUUUCCUGGCCGCCAUCUUGGCCCUUAUGGUCAGCCUAGCGGACCUGAUAGAAAUGAUGUCCAUCGGCACUCUCCUAGCCUACACCCUCGUGUCCAUGUGCGUCCUCAUCCUCCGCUACCAGCCCCACUUGGAUCUUGCGCGAGGCCUGAACAACGGCCUGCCUUACGACACCUUCGAGAACGAGGAUGACGACGAUGAAAUCACCGAGGGUAAGGUGGAGGAGACGUCAGAGACCAAGCCCACUCUUGAAGAGGCGGGGCCCGAGCAGCUCCUGCCCAAACUCCCGACCCUAGACCCCGCCACUCGAAGCUACGGGGCCGUAGAGGGCGACCCGGAGGCCGACUCCUUCCGGAACUACAACAAAUGGCACUUCUACCUGUCGCGCACGCGCGAGUUUCUCUACGACUGUUACCAGCGGCUACGGGUCUUCAUGCGUCUUCCAGACAAAACCACGCUCCCUACCAGCGCCACUGGCAGCGUGGUUACCAUGGCAACGCUAGGUCUCUUUUUCACCUUCUUCAUCUUAAACGCCAUCAUCAUCUUCGGCAGGCAGCUUCUCGAUCAAUGGUGGCUGAUUAUCAUCUUCUUGGUGGUGCUAGCGGGCGUGCUUGGGUUGAUCCUUAAGAUCAUCCAACAGCCGCAGAAUCCCGACAAGCUGCCGUUCAUGGCGCCCUGCGUCCCUUUGCUGCCCUUCUGCGCCAUGUUCGUCAACGUAUAUCUCAUGCUGAAGUUGUCGCCUCUCACCUGGGUACGAUUUGUCAUCUGGAUGGCAGCCGGUCUUAUUAUCUAUUUCGGGUACGGAAUCUGGAACAGCAACAUUGAAGCCAGACAUCAUGACGUCAGCAGGGGAAGUACCGGAGGGAAAGAAGCGAUUUUAAUGGACGCUAAGGAUGUGGAGAUGCCGACUGAAACCAGUAUGGUGCCCGCCCACGCCAAGAGCGUUCCGAAACCCGAGGGGGACAAGGAACCAGUCGCCGAUUUAGAGUCUGAUUAGCAGUGUAGAAUGAUUAGAUAUAGGCAUUAUAUACAUGUACAAUCAUGAGUGCAAUUUGACCAUGAUCUGCAAUAAGUACCCAUUUCAAAUCGCCUGGUAAAAAGGGGGCUCGUAAACUAUUAACGUGGAAUUCGUGGGAAAUUGACCUUUCACCUUGCGUCACACAAAAUGGUUGAUCAUCCGAUGAUCAUUUUAAUAUAGGCAUACAAUAUAAUUAGAAAGCAACAUGCCUUUAACCGCGUUUCGGAGUUUUAGGUCUAAACAAGUAGUGCAGGUCAAUAACAAAUCAAGGGUUCAGGGUUAACAAACGGAAGUCCUAAAAUGAUGAACUGUUUAAAGUCGCGGCAUAGCUGCAGAAUAAUAGGGCAUAAUAACGUAAUCUAGACCUAUUGUUUUGUUGUGACACCCAGGCCGAAAAUUUAAUGCAGAUGCAUAACCAUUCUAUAUAGAAAAUUCUAAUAUUGUUAAAAAAAAAUGUACGUGUUGGAAAAAUAACCAAAUUGUCAAGAUUACGGGUAUGUAGGGGUUUAAUAACUUGGGUGUUAUGGAACGAGGCCAACGUUUUCUUUUAAAACCAGUAGAGGGCGCUCAAAUCGUGGUGUGUGUCUUUAAAUUUUCAUGGCGGCAAAUCUGGGAGUUUCAGUAGCCAUACCACGUGUUGGGACGUCUUGCAGAGUAAAUUUACAAGCCUAGAUUUUGGCGCAUGAGAUCUUAAAGGAAUCAAGGAAGACUGAUUCAGCAACAUUAGAACAGGUGAGUUGAAGACUAUGAUAAAAGCUAGAAAUUUGAAGGUAAAAGUUUCGAUCUGGGUAGAUUUUCACAAAGGCAAAGCAACAAGGGAACAUUACAAAACGGAAACGCACAAGCACUGAUUAAAGGAAAACGACAAAAGUGGCCCCAUGUAGACCCUACGCACAAAUGCGUCCAAUUUAUGUCUAUGUAGUCACGCGCCGUCACAAGAAGCCAUGAUGGAGUAAAACGCUGCAUUCACAAGUAAAAAAGCUCGUAGCAAAUUUUAGUUUUAAACGAAAUACUAUUUGAUAAUUAAUUCAUAAUUGUUUAGGCAUUAACUCUACCUUGGUUUCUUGUGAAAAAACAAAAAACAAAAAACGAUAUCCAGUAUCAAUUGGUUGGUAUUGUCAUAUAGGCCUACUUGGGCUAUAAUAGGCCUAUAACAUGUUUUAAAAUGUUAAUUGUGCUAGAGCUUUGUGCAAUACAUGUAUAUAUAAUAGAUGUAUGCGACUAUAUACAUUGUAUAGGAGUACUUGUAUUAUGUUUAGAUAUUAUAUACUACAGUGAUAUAUAUACAUAUAUACCGGGCGUAUAGAAGAGCUAAUACUUAUAGUAAUUCACCUGCUGUGUGUUAAAAUGAUGCGUUAAUUAGUAGGCCAACUGUGGCCUGUGUCUGUUUUGUGUGUGGUUUAUUUACUUAUUUUUUACUUUGGUAACAAGUUUGAAUGGACUUAAAUGUGGAUGUGUGAAUUUUUGAUUCUGCUUAAAACUCUUUGACAUGUGAGAAACAAAUGAUGCCCUUUUGUAAAAUGUUAAUGAGGGCCUAAUUUAUGCAUAGCCAAUCACCGCCCUCCUACUGAGCUGAUGCGAGGUAAGGCGGCCGGUGGAACCUUACAUCUUGGACAGGUACUACGUGUGAGAAGGAAGACUUUUUGUUUUUGAAGUUAAAAAGUUGAUGAGAAAUUUGACAUUAUUCUCAGCGAGGAGCUAAUUGUUCUAUGUUCCCUAAAAUUUGUAUUUUAUCGAAAUGGGAUUUGUGGAGAUAACUCACAAAAUCCCCUACCAUAAAAUUAACCCCUCUUGUAAUAUUUUAAUCUACCAAGGGUAAGCAAGAAUGAAAUAAAUGAAAUUAGCGCGUCUGAGGCUGUCACUCAUUCAACUAUGAAAAAAAAUUGUCGAAAUGAACGCCGAGUGGGAACCGUCCUUCACUCGCUGAAUGAAAGAGCGCCCUCUAUGUUUUAUUUUUGUAGUGAAUGUGAACUUGCAAUGUUAGAGGUUUAUAAUUACGCUAGCUAGAUGUGUGUUAACAGUUUAGAAGCAAUAAAAAGAUCACGGUGUGUAUUCAAA